CACUGUUCACGAGCUAGUCGGGCUGCAACAUUUCCUCUUCCGGCAUGGGAGCCUAGCAACUUUACCCAUCACCUUGCCCAAAACCAUCAAAGAAACCACGUUGGGUUUACAGGCUCUUUCCCCUCCCACUCCCCACUCCACUCUCCACGGCGACGCAGGCGAUAGCGGCGGGCCGGGCACUGACGCGUGCGGCGGCGAUCGAUGGACGGCUCUAACCCAGGGAGCGGCGGCGGUGGAGGCUACGAGAUGGACGACGACGGCCGUUGCGAGGUUUGCGCGAUGUGGAGAGACCUAGCUAACCACAAGAGCGACGGCGGGAAGCAGCUCCUCGUCGUGGCCUCCGACGGUUGCAGCGACAGCUUGAAGGUUGGAGGUCACGAGAAGUCUUCCUCCUGUCCUCAAGCAACUUCUGGGAUAUUUGGAGCCGCUCCUCCUUGCGCUCAUCAUUUGUUGAAUGAACACGUGGUGCCUGAUCCUGAACAUUUUCAUACCUCGAAUGACAUUGUCUACACCACGUUACCUGGGUGCUGUCUGACGAAAGCACAAGAUGAGAAAGUACAAGAAAUAGCUCGUAGCAAGAAGCCUGAUAUCCCUCUGCAUGUGGCAGCCAUGAACAAAAGAAAUGUAGACUUGAAGGACUCCUGUGUUCACAUACCGUUGCAACUUGCACUGGGCCAUUUCAAGGACAGAAAAACUAAAUCUACAAUUCAACUCGAAGCUCCUGACAAGAAGAUAUACAGUGUUGGAGCAAGUAAGCUUAAUGAUGAUCAGAUAGUCCUCGAUUCUGAGUGGAAUAGUUUUGUAGCCUCCCACCACAUACAAGAGAAGGACCUCCUUAUUUUCAGAAGCACGGAGAAUAGUCGCCUCGAAGUUCUCAUCAUUGACCCAAGCGGCCAUGAAAAGACCUCUUCAAGUUUUGUCAUGGGAAAUUCCUCCAGUACCAAAGAAACGUCUGGAGAUUCUGUUCACAGUGUUGAUCCACUUCCUCAUGCAGCAGAAAAUUCUUCCAGUACCAAAGAAAUGUCUGGAGAUUCUGUUCACAUUGUUGAUCCACCCCCUCAUGAAGUUAUUGAAUUGAGCAGUUCUGAUGACGAUGACAUCGUGAGAAAAGGCACGAGAGAAUCUUGCAGGGUGCAAAAGUGGGUGACACGUAGUUCUGCGAAAGCUCAGAAGAUGAAUUCAACAUCCUCCCCUUCUACUGAAUCAGGAUACGAAGAUCGCAAGCCGCAUCAUCAAGCACCAGCGAAUCUUGGAGUUGUUUCGGAACCUCGUUCUACCAAUCUUGGGGGGGCUUCCCAGCAGUCAUACAUUUUAGCCCGGGGGGCAACUCUAGCUUUGCAAGUGGAGAGGAAAGUUGAGGAGAAAGUCCAUGCAAUUCGAUCUGAGCUUCCUAUUUAUGUGAAAGUGAUGACCACAUCCAAUGUUUAUCGCAUUGGCAUGAUGCCAUGCAUAAUUGCUUUCUGCGCGGAAUAUGCUUCGGCGGCGCGUCUCCCAGGCAUGAAACAAGCUCUCAUCCUUCAGAUGGAGGGGAAGACGAAGCUGUGGGACGCUACAUUGUGCGUUCUGAGCAACAACGUGAGGCGGAUUCACAAAGGCUGGAAGGAGUUCGCCCUGCAGAAUGGCCUGGAGGUGGACGACAUCUGCCUCUUCAAACUAGCAGAUGGCGACACCAAGAGUCUCAAGAUGAUGGUCUAUGUGAUCCGCAAGUCGGAGAUAGAGCUGUAGCUACGUGUAGCGUUCGGUCUAUCUAUGCUCUGUGUGGCUUUAAUUAACUCUCUUAUACCCUGACAUGGGAUGAGAGAGCUGAGUAGCUGACCGAUGAACAAUUUGUGCCGUUAGACGACUUUCUUUGGGCAAAUACUGGACCAUAUUCUCCUCCUAGACCAUUCUUGACUAUUUCUUGUUGAGACAAAUUUAAUCUUACUGCUGAUUGGGAUUACCUUAGUUCUUGUUGA